AUUAAUUAUUUUUGUCUCAUUCUGUUAAAUAUUCUUCAAUCGUCUUUUGUUUCUCUGAGAUUUGAAACAAGGGUUUUAGAUCCAGGAGUAAAAACCCAGACAUUGCUCAUCCCAAUGACACCCUACAACACACAAUAUUCUCAAAAAUUCUGCUUCAUCUGUGGCUUGUGAAAUUUAGCUGGUAUGGAAAUCAACUCUAAACAAUAUUUCUCAAAAAAGAGCGGAGCAGAUUUGCAUGUUUACCCUUCUGCCGUUGCAUUAAUAUCAUUUAAACGUUUACGAUUCUGGAAGAAUUUCAGGACCCAACAUCAAAGCAUAUUAAAAUCCUUGGAGAUCUCACACGAGCUGCAGCGCCAUGGCCUGUCCAUGCAUCACACAUGAAAGUUUAAACAUCUUAAGAGAGCUUCUCCCAGCCUGGGAGAAGCUGUGCAGAGUUUUCAGUCUGCUGUAUGCUCAAAUGCUCCUGCAGUCCGGACUGAGCAGAACCACUCGACAACACAAGGUCAGGUGACAUUAUGCCGUCUCUUUGUAACAGAUGUUUGUUUGUUUUUAUAAGUGUUAGUGAUGAUAAUAAUCAUUUGUCCAGAAUAUUCUUUUAAGAAAUGCUAUCAGUCUCUGCCACUAUUUCAGUAGAAAUGACUGCUUAACCAGCUUUCCAUUUUGUAUUCUGUAUUUUAUUUAUUUUGGUGCAUAAAUGACAUUCAACAAAACACCUGUGUUCUGGUCUGCAGGUGCUCUAAACAGGAAGGAGUCUGACAGCAGCAGGUGCUUCGUCAUGGUGUACGGCAAAGUCCUUCACCAGGCUGAUGGCUGCUUCAUUAACAUCAAUGUUGGAGGAUUCAGGCAGCGCAUGGCUCACUCUGUCCUGAGGAGAUUGCCACAGACCCGCCUUGCCCGCCUCCUGCACUGCGCCUCCAGAGCAGCCAUUUUGGAGCUCUGUGACGACUUCUGUUCCUCUGAAAAUGAGUUCUACUUUGACCGCAACCCAAUUUUUUUCUGCUCCAUUCAUAACUUCUACCUCACAGGGAAGCUCCACCUGGUUGACGGGUUGUGCAUGGUCUCAUUUUUCCAGGAGCUGGAGUACUGGGGAAUCAAGGAGCACCACCUGGAUUUGUGUUGCAGCAACAGAUUUCAGGAGCUGAUGCAGAAGAUAUGUUUGGAUCAGGGGGAUGAUGAUCAGCACCGCCAAAGCUCAGGCUCCUCAGCUGAGAAUCUUUCAGCUUUUGAGGACGAGCUGGAAGAGUUUGAAGGCUCCUGGUGUGCAAAUGUUCGCAGGAAUAUCUGGAUUCGACUUGAGAAUCCCAGUUACUCCACCUCAGCCAAAGUGAUGGCUGUGGUGUCUGUGAGUGCUGUGGUUGUUUCCAUUGUUUCCAUGUGCUUGAACAGCAUGCCAGACUUUCAUCAGGUGGACUCUGAUGAAAAACGCAUAGAAAACCCACUGCUAGUCCUGCUGGAAACCAUCUGCAUCCUUCUGUUCUCUGCAGAGUUUAUUCUUCGUUUGGUUGUUGCUCCUUCAGCCAAGAAGUUCUUGAGCAGCGCUCUGAACAUCAUCGACUUUUUGUCCAUCUUCCCCUUCUAUGUGACUUUAAUCUGUGAUAGCACAAAGAAAGACGGGAAUAAAGAGCUGGAGAAUGUUGGCAAAGUGGUACAAAUCUUGAGGCUGACCCGAGUGUUUCGUGUUUUGAAGUUGGCCCGUCACUCAGCUGGACUCCGCUCUCUCGGCUCCACACUGAGGCACAGCUCAAGGGAGAUGGGACAGCUGCUGCUCUUCUUAUCUUUGGGGGUUUCUCUGUUUUCUGCUCUUAUUUACUUCGUAGAGAGAGAGUCCAAAGAGUCACAGCUGCAGACCAUCCCUGUCGGCUGGUGGUGGGCCACCAUCAGCAUGACCACUGUGGGUUACGGUGAUACAAUCCCAGUUACUGUAGCUGGGAGGCUGAUAGGAACCCUGUGCAUCGUCUGUGGGCUGCUUAUUGUUGCUCUUCCUAUAACUAACAUCUUCAACAAGUUUUCCAAGCUUCAUCAGAGGCAGAGACGAUAUAGCUUGAGGUAGAACACCUUGAAUAAAUAAAUUCACAUAAAUAUUUAUUAGAAUUUUAGAACAUUAGUUCACACAAUUCUUUAAGUUGUUAAAAACCAAAAAAAAAAAAAAAUCCCAACUUCACUGUUGGAGCGA